AUGUCCAGCCCCUGCGAGUGCAUCGGCGUUCUAGUGGGCCACAGCGGGUACAUCACCUGCUGCGCCGUGUACCGGCUGAUGGUCAUCUCCGGCUCGGCCGACCGCACCAUCCGCCUGUGGUCCAUCGAGGAGGGCAACUGCCUGAUGACAUUGACUGGCCACGGCGCCUUCAUCAACCGAAUCGCCUGCUAUGGGCCACUGCUGCUGAGCACCUCAUUCGACGGGACGGCGCGGAUCUGGACGCUCGCCGACCGACUGACGGUAAUCAACAACUUGAAACAGGGGGAAAAUGGUGGCGGUUCCGUUGAUGAACCGGAAGAGGAAGAACUGGAGGGAGUGGAGCAAACGCAGGAGGAGUUUAAUCAGAUAAAACUGAAAGGUGGCAGAUCAAACAACGUCACCCUGGUUCAUCGGCAAACGAUCAAGACGACCUUCGGGGGCUGUUUGCACAUUCUCAAGGGUCACGAGCGAAGUGUCACUCAGGUGGGCGUGGUGGUGACGGACGCCAGCCUCCUGGAAAGUGGCAUCAUCCAGGAGCUGGACAUCGUGGUGACGACCUCUGCGGACGGCACCGCUCGCACGUGGAGUCUGGCCAGUGGUGAGCAGCGGCACGUGCUGGCCGGCCACAGCGGCCCGGUCAACUGCAUGGCCGUCGACCCGAAGGAGACGCAGUACGUGUACACGGCCGGCGCCGACUGGGUCAUCAAGUGCUGGGACGUGGUCACCGGGGAGCACCUGCGCGACCUGAAGGGCCACCAGCAGGCGGUGCUCUGUCUGCUGUCGCACAAUCGCAUCCUCUACUCCGGCUCCGCUGACAACACCGUCCGCGCCUGGGCCAUGGAGUUCGGGCAGUGCACGCGCAUCUACUACCGCAAUACCAGCGCCAUCACCUGCAUUCAGUACUUCAAUGGCAUUGUGUACACUGGCAGCAAUGACCACUCGGCUCGACUUUACGAUUCAAAUUCAGGGGUGCUGAAGCAGACCUUUACCGGACAUCAUAAUGCAAUUUCGGCCAUAAAGGUGACUAGACUUUUUCUUAUCAUCAAUGAGUAA